UUACGGUUCGCGAUACACUUCAAACUCUUAAUUCCAACCCAUAAAUUGCUAUUUGCUAGUGUUACCAAUAUAGUAUGUAGUGCUAUUGGUUGGAUAUAGCUCCGUAAAAAAUGCAGGUUUGGGGAGAACCACUGCUUGGCAUGAUGCAACAGUAUGACAUAUUGCUCGCGCUUUCCUGGCCCAAAUCAUAUUAUAGAAAAUGCUGCAGUUACGGUAGUGAGAUCCUCUCUUCCUCAAAAUCCAACGGAUAGGCAAAUAAACGAGACUUGAAAUGGGAUCCCAACAUACCCCGACUGCUGAAAAUGCCACUCUACUUCAGGGUUUUGAGUGGAAUGUACCAGCAGAUGGCAACCACUGGAAGCGACUUCUCUCCAAGAUCGAUACUCUCAAAUCAGUUGGCAUAGACAACAUAUGGCUUCCUCCAGGAUGUAAAGCAUCCAGCUCAGAGGGGAACGGCUAUGAUAUCUAUGACCUGUAUGAUCUGGGCGAAUUCGAACAGAAAGGGUCGCGACGCACGAAAUGGGGCGGCAAAGAGGAACUCAUGGAACUAGCCAAGAAGGCCAAAGACGUUGGUGUCGGCCUAUAUUGGGACGCAGUUCUGAACCACAAGGCCGGAGCGGACCACAAAGAGAAAUGCCAAGCGGUUGAAGUCGACUCCGAAGACCAUGAGAAGGCAGUGACCGAUCCGUAUGAGAUAGACGCAUGGUUGGGAUUUGACUUCCCUGGACGAGGAGACGCAUACAGUUCUCAGAAGUAUCACUGGGAUCAUUUCACCGGGACUGACUACAACGGCGCAAAUGAAAAGACGGCAAUCUACCGCAUCCUCGGCGACGACAAGCAUUGGAGCCACACUGUCCCGAAGAACGAGGAUUAUAUGAUGUUUGCGGACGUCGACUUCCACCACAAGGAGUGCUCCGACGAUGUCAAGAACUGGGGGGUUUGGAUUACGAAAGAGCUUGGCUUGAAAGGAUUUCGACUGGAUGCUGUUCAGCACUACUCGGAGACAUUCACCGAUCAUUGGGUGUCGUUUGUCAGACAAGAAUGCGGCGACGACAUCUUCAUGGUGGGAGAGUAUUGGGUUGGUGAAACGUCGACGCUGAAGGAGUGGCUGGACUCCAUGGGUCCAAAAUUUCACCUCUUUGACUCGCCGUUGCUCUACAAUUUCUCCCAAAUAUCGACGUCAGAAAAUGCCGACCUGAGGCAAGUUCUCGACAACAGUCUUGUUCAGGAAGCGCCCAUGAAUGCUGUUACUUGCGUAAUGAACCAUGAUACGCAACCCGGGCAGACAAUGGAGACUCCAAUCGAAGGAUUUUUCAAACCGCUGGCCUACAGCCUCAUUCUUCUUCGGCAAGACGGGUACCCUUGCGUAUUCUACGGCGACCUCUACGGGAUAGGUGGCGAGCACCCUGAACCGCCCUCCUGCGGCGGUAAGCUGCCCGAUCUAAUCCUUGCUCGCAAACUUUAUGGAUAUGGAGAGCAGAAUGACUAUUUCGACGAGGAAAACUGCAUCGGCUGGGUGCGUCAGGGGACGAGCGACAGGCCAAACGGACUCGCUUGCGUGAUGAGCAACGCAGGUCCAGGGGAACGGAAGAUGCUCGUGGGCAACGAGCAUGCUGGGGAAGUUUGGACCGACUUGCUAGGCUGGCAGCCCGACGAAGUUACGAUUGAUGAGGAGGGAUGGGGGUUGUUUAAAUGUCCUGGGAUCAGCAUCAGCGUUUGGGUCAGCAAGAGUGCUGAAGGAAGGGAUAGGUUUCCCGCGAAAUUCGACUCUGACAUAUACAAAGAUGGAUAGGACGAAUUCAUUAAGUGAAAUCGUCAAGAGGAGAAGCUGGUCAGAACUUGAAUGUUACUCUUUAAGGUUUACGAUAUUGAGGCUCUUGGAGCAAGCAGGGGUGGGACAGGGGUCUUCGAUCGCAUCCACCAGGAAUGUAGUCAUGAAUAUCAGG